AUGAAAGCAGAAGCAAAUGAACGAGACAAAAACAAAAUUGAGCCUAGACGAAUGAACCAACAAAGCUUGAAUGAAGGCGACAGAAGGAAAACUUUUGUAUUUCCUCACACGAAAAGUGAGGGAGAAAUUUUCAAGACCUGUUUAAGAUCGGGAAUAGAAGAAGUUGAUGAACACGCUCAAAUUAAGCUUCAAAAAGAAAUAAACAAAAAAUUACCUUAA